AGGGGACAGGGUCUCUUUAGUCCCUAAGCGGGACACAGUUCGGUGGACUUAAGGGGCCAGCAGGAACUUUAAGGGACAGGGUGUGAGGAGGACAGGCCGGUGUUGUGACGAACAGUGUGUCCACAGAACAUUGAGCCCGGUCUCUGUUGUAAACAGACCACAGUAUCAAGACCUCACAAUGACACAGUGAGGUCUUUAUGGAGCUGUAACGCUCCAUAAUAUGAACAUGAACGCAUCAUGAACCCAGAGUACCACCGGACCACUUUAACGUUAGCUAGUGACAGACAGGGAGAGAGAGAAGGAGAGACACCUGUGAGGAACACGUCUGGUAGCAGCCUGUGUCGUUACACCUGUGAGGAACACGUCUGGUAGCAGCCUGUGUCGUUACACCUGUGAGGAACACGUCUGGUAGCAGCCUGUGUCGUUACACCUGUGAGGAACACGUCUGGUAGCAGCCUGUGUUGUUACACCUGUGAGGAACACGUCUGGUAGCAGCCUGUGUCGUUACACCUGUGAGGAACACGUCUGGUAGCAGCCUGUGUUGUUACACCUGUGAGGAACACGUCUGGUAGCAGCCUGUGUUGUUACACCUGUGAGGAACACGUCUGGUAGCAGCCUGUGUUGUUACACCUGUGAGGAACACGUCUGGUAGCAGCCUGUGUUGUUACACCUGUGAGGAACACGUCUGGUAGCAGCCUGUGUUGUUACACCUGUGAGGAACACGUCUGGUAGCAGCCUGUGUUGUUACACCUGUGAGGAAAACGUCUGGUAGCAGCCUGUGUCGUUACACCUGUGAGGAACACGUCUGGUAGCAGCCUGUGUCUUUACACCUGUGAGGAACACGUCUGGUAGCAGCCUGUGUCUUUACACCUGUGAGGAACAUGUCUGGUAGCAGCCUGUGUCUUUACACCUGUGAGGAACACGUCUGGUAGCAGCCUGUGUCGUUACACCUGUGAGGAACACGUCUGGUAGCAGCCUGUGUCUUUACACCUGUGAGGAACACGUCUGGUAGCAGCCUGUGUUGUUACACCUGUGAGGAACACGUCUGGUAGCAGCCUGUGUUGUUACACCUGUGAGGAACAUGUCUGGUAGCAGCCUGUGUUGUUACACCUGUGAGGAACACGUCUGGUAGCAGCCUGUGUCUUUACACCUGUGAGGAACAUGUCUGGUAGCAGCCUGUGUUGUUACACCUGUGAGGAACACGUCUGGUAGCAGCCUGUGUUGUUACACCUGUGAGGAACACGUCUGGUAGCAGCCUGUGUUGUUACACCUGUGAGGAACACGUCUGGUAGCAGCCUGUGUCGUUACACCUGUGAGGAACACGUCUGGUAGCAGCCUGUGUCGUUACACCUGUGAGGAACACGUCUGGUAGCAGCCUGUGUCUUUACACCUGUGAGGAACACGUCUGGUAGCAGCCUGUGUCUUUACACCUGUGAGGAACACGUCUGGUAGCAGCCUGUGUCUUUACACCUGUGAGGAACACGUCUGGUAGCAGCCUGUGUUGUUACACCUGUGAGGAACACGUCUGGUAGCAGCCUGUGUCGUUACACCUGUGAGGAACACGUCUGGUAGCAGCCUGUGUCUUUACACCUGUGAGGAACACGUCUGGUAGCAGCCUGUGUUGUUACACCUGUGAGGAACACGUCUGGUAGCAGCCUGUGUCGUUACACCUGUGAGGAACACGUCUGGUAGCAGCCUGUGUUGUUACACCUGUGAGGAACACGUCUGGUAGCAGCCUGUGUCGUUACACCUGUGAGGAACACGUCUGGUAGCAGCCUGUGUCGUUACACCUGUGAGGAACACGUCUGGUAGCAGCCUGUGUUGUUACACCUGUGAGGAACACGUCUGGUAGCAGCCUGUGUCGUUACACCUGUGAGGAACACGUCUGGUAGCAGCCUGUGUCUUUACACCUGUGAGGAACACGUCUGGUAGCAGCCUGUGUCGUUACACCUGUGAGGAACACGUCUGGUAGCAGCCUGUGUCUUUACACCUGUGAGGAACACGUCUGGUAGCAGCCCGUGUCGUUACACCUGUGAAGGUGUUGGUUAAAGUUACCGGACCGGCUUGAGUCCCGACAGGACCUUCCAGUUUUGGGGCCCUGAGCCUCUGAUGUCAGUCUGGAAAGGUGAAUGCACACCUGUGCUUUGUUGUGUUUGAAGUGGGGAUGCCCCGCCCACCUGAGAGGCUGACGGGCGAAACAAAACAAACAUGUCCCGUAACCGUCUCUCAGAACUUCCUCUGGACGUUUGUCUCUUCGUGUCUCUGGAGAGUUUGAAUCUUUACCAGAACUGUCUGAGGUCUCUACCGGAGACUCUGCUGAACCUGCAGGCCCUCACCUACCUGAACCUCAGUCGUAAUCAGCUGACUGUCCUCCCGGUGGUGGUCUGCAGUCUUCCUCUGAAGGUCCUCAUUGCCUGCAACAACAAGCUGGUUUCCCUCCCAGAGGAAGUGGGUCAGCUGAGACACCUCACUGAGCUGGACGUGAGCUGUAAUGAGAUCCAGACUCUUCCGUGUCAGGUGGGUCAACUGGAGGCUCUACGAGACCUGAACAUCAGGAGGAACCACCUGGUCCGGCUGCCUCCAGAGCUGGCGGACCUCCCUCUGGUGCGCCUGGACUUCUCCUGUAACAAAGUGACCUGCAUCCCCGUCUGCUACCGGCAGCUCGGCCAGCUGCAGACCAUCGUGCUCGACAACAACCCGCUGCAGACCCCACCUGCUCAGAUAUGUAUCAAAGGGAAGGUCCACAUCUUUAAGUAUCUGAACCUGGAGGCCAGCAAGACGACCCCCGACCUCCCAGACUACGACAAACGACCUCUGACCUUCAGCUCCUGUGUUGAUGAGCUUUACCCCGGCCGUCCAUACGGAGCGCUGGAUUCUGGCUUCAACAGCGUCGACAGCGGAGACAAAAGAUGGUCGGGGAACGAGCCUACAGAGGAGCUGUCAGAGCUGCCGCUCAGAGUGGCCGAGAUUAGCAGAGACCAAAGACACCGAGGAGGAGGAGGAGCUCUGCUGGCUAACGGCACACAUGUGGAGUUGGAGCAGAUGGACUUCAUAGAAAGCUGUGUGGGGGGGGAGGAGGAGGAGGAGAGGAGUCAAGGAGGAGGAGGCAGGGACAGUGUCAGCCUGAGCUCUCAGUUCAUGGCCUACAUCGAGAGACGCAUCACCAGAGAGGGUUCACCUGUGAAAACCAACUCCAGGACAGAAGACACGAGGAGACAGAACAGGAGUGUGGUUGAUGGUGUUACGGCACCCUCUAGUUCCCACAGCCAGAGAGGAGGAGGUGCUGUAGCUCAAGGGGGGGUGGAGAGGAUGAGGAGGGAGGCUCAGCUCGCUGCUUUGCGGUACGACGAGGAGAGACAUAAGAAUCGAUCUCUGCAAAGAGACUCCGUCACCAGCAACACUAAGCAUAAAACAGCUUGGAGUCCAAAGUCCAGUCCAGACAGUGAGAAUGUCUACCCCUCCAGACGCUCCACUCACACAGACGACUCCGCCCUUUUCAUGGGGGAGGACAGAGCGGCUCUGUCUCCAACAGCCAAUCAGUCGCCUUCUUACCCGAGCUCAGGGGGUGUGGCCUCCUGUCGGACAGCCAGCGUGAGACCCGAGAGCUUCCUGUUUCGUCUCGGCCAGAAAGAAGAGAAGAGGAAAGGUGAUGCUGCUCAGACGCAGGACACUCCUGCUGCUCCUCCUCUGGUUGGACAAGAUGCUGAGCUGGUGGAGCAGCUCAGGAAGAACAUCGAGGCUCGUCUGAAGGUGUCGUUGCCGAGCGACCUGGGAGCAGCUCUGACAGACGGGGUGGUCCUCUGUCACCUGGCCAAUCACGUGAGACCUCGGUCUGUCCCCAGCAUCCACGUCCCCUCCCCCGCUGUGCCUAAACUCACGAUGGCCAAAUGUCGACGAAACGUUGAGAACUUCCUUGAUGCGUGUCGCAGGAUCGGCGUUCCACAGACUCAGUUGUGUCUUCCUCUCCACAUCCUGGAGGAGCGAGGGCUCCCCCAGGUGGCCGGUACCGUCGGUGCCCUGCUGGACCUGGCCCCGCCCAGACAUCCCGUCUCCACAACGACGACACCUGGCCCCCCCGCCAGCAUGUAGACACCACCACCGCACGCGCUCAGUCCACUUCCUGUUCCGCUCAGUCCACUUCCUGUCACGCUCAGUCCACUUCAUGUUUCGCGCAGUCCACUUCCUGUCACGCUCAGUCUACUUCCUGUUCCGCUAUGUCCACUUCCUAUUCUGCUCAAUUCGCUUCCUUUUACGCACAAUCCAUUUCCUGUCACGCUCAAUCCACUUCCUGUCAUGCUCAGUCCACUUCAUGUUCCGCUCAGUCCGCUUCCUGUUCCGCUAUGUCCACUUCCUGUCACACUCAGUCCGCUUCCUGUUCCACUACGUCCACUUCCUGUUCCGCUAUGUCCACUUCCUAUUCUGCUCAAUCCGCUUCCUUUUACGCACAGUCCAUUUCCUGUCACGCUCAAUCCACUUCCUGUCACGCUCAGUCCGCUUCCUGUUCCGCUAUGUCCACUUCCUUUUACGCUCAGUCCAUUUCCUGUCACGCUCAAUCCACUUCCUGUCACGCUCAGUCCGCUUCCUGUUCCGCUAUGUCCACUUCCUUUUACGCUCAGUCCAUUUCCUGUCGCGCUCAGUCCACUUCCUUUUACGCUCAGUCCAUUUCCUGUCGCGCUCAGUCCACUUCCUUUUACGCUCAGUCCAUUUCCUGUCACGCUCAGUCCACUUCCUUUUUACGCUCAAUCCAUUUCCUGUCACGCUCAGUCUGCUUCCUGUUAGUUUUAAAGGAUCUGAUGGAGAAACAAGUUCAAAAGCUCACAGUUUAAAAUCACCUGUUGCGGUCUCACCUGGUGCGGUCUCACCUGGUGCGGUCUCACCUGGUGCGGUCUCACGUGCAGGAACCGAACAGGAACUAGAACCCUAAAAUAGUUUGUGAUGUGAUGAACAUUGAAUGUAUCUCGUUACUUUGAGCUUUGAUUUUAUUUAUUUUUAAGAUAUUUACGCUAAUGUAGCUCAAUGCUAAUGUAGCUCAAUGCUAAUGUAGCUCAAUGCUAAUGUAGCUCAAUGCUAAUGUUCCUUUUAAAACAGUUGAGCCUUAAAAUGAAAUGUGUGUUUCUGCUAAUUUCUAAACACAGCAAGUUUAUUAACAUAAAGCCAAUGUAGCUCUCUGCUAAUGAUAGCUAACAUUUUCAGUCUUGUUUCUAACACAGCUAGCUGUAAAUAUAAGGCAAUACUAAUUAGUUAAGGUGGCUCAGUGCUAACGCUAAGGUAGCUCAGUGCUAAUGUUAGCUAAUAUUGUACUGGAGCUAAGCUAGCUCAAUGCUAACAUGUCAGCUGGUUUCUCCGUCAGAUCCAAAUGUAAGAAUUUAGUUUGUUAUUUAACGCUUUGAGUUCUGAUUGGACUUCAGUUUGAGUGACAUCAGGAACUGUGUGAGGACCGUCGUUCACCCUGAACUCUGACUGGCAGGAUGUUUGUUGUUGUCAGGUGGAGGUCUCUCUGUUCACGCCAUUGUUUUUCUUGUUUAAUGUUUCACAGCAGACAGACAGGUGAACCUGUUAGAGGCUCCUUCACCACCUGGUUGAUCCUCCACUUUUAUGACAUCAUCAAUAAACUGUUUCAUUGAUCAUGAUGAUCUGAGGAUCAUAAUUAUUAAUUAGUGUAAAAUAUUGAAGAUAAGAAUAAAACUUUAUUUACAAACUUC